AAUAAACAUUUUUACACCAAUUGACAGUAAUCAUAACAAUAAUAUGCCUCAAGUUAUCUUGUGCCUAUAAAGGUGCGCGACCACUAUCAAAAUAUCAUAAACGUCGUAUCCUUAUAAACUUUCAUCCUGGCUUAAACUAGAGCCCACGUAUGUUCAUAUACAGGUACUUGUUUGUACAGGCGAUGCUAUAAAAGCUAGGGUCUCGGGUUGUCCCUGACAUUGUCCAGGCUGCGUUUGGACCCUUAGGCCCUGAUUUUACAUUGUCAUCAUGAUGAAAGUAGUUGUGCUAGUUGCGUUGGUCCAUUUGGUCUGUGCGAAUCCCUUGCUGGAAAAAACAUCGAAUGGAAAUCGUCAUAAGAGGUUGCUUUUUUACGACGAACAAGGCAACCUGGUCCAAACUUACAACAAUCCUCUUCGUGACUUUCCGGAACAGAUGGAAAAGAUCCCCUUUUUCGGAUCGUUUUUCCAACCAUUUUAUAACUUUAUUCGCCCAAUACAGUCCUACGGCGGUCGCCCGAUGACCUACAUGAUCCCCGUAUCAGAUGAAGUAAUACACCAGAUUGCCCAAGACCCGAUCAUGCAAAACAAGCUGUUGCUCCUGCCGAGAGACCCAGUCGUUGAACAGAAUGAUCUAUGCAUUGGGAAGAGGGCUCAGAUUCCUUCGCCGAAGCUGUGCAGCGCAUUUUUGAACUGCUGGGACGGUUAUGCUUUUGAGCAGGACUGCCCGAGCGGCUUGCUGUUCUCUAGUGAAGGGUACUGCGACUACCCGCAGAGGGUGGAUUGUAAUAAUAGGAGAAUAAUUGAGCGCCCUGCGCCGGCGCCGGUCCGCUGCGCAAGCGAUUUCGAAGCGUUCCGCAGCGAGUGGAGCUGCGGCGAGUUCUUCGUCUGCGUCAACCGCUUGCCCGUGCGCUUCCAGUGUCCCAACGAUCUCGUAUUUAAUACAGAGCUGGGUAUCUGCGACUACCCGGCGCGCGUGAACUGCUCUGCAUCAGUGAACUUGGCAGGAGCCGCUGAGGCCCAAGCUGCUGCCCCAGGAGGUGCCGCUGCCACGGACGGCAGGACUGUUCUCAUGAAGAGUUCCAUCUACAAUACUCAGAGUUGGUCGUCUCACUCGCACGUUGCGUUGUCGCGCCAAGACGCCGUCCGCCAGCUGCAACUCGGUCGCAUCGCCAACGUCAACACAGCUUAUUAG